GUCGCGUUCGGCCAUUUUGUGGGAGAAGCCGCAGCGCCGCCUCCUCUUUCGCGUCUCCUUCGCUUCUUGCCCCCGCUGUCUCCACCGCCUCCCGCCGCCGUCGCUGCUCCGCUGCCUCCGUCGCCGCCCUCCGCCCGCCUCCGCUUCGCUCCCCGCCCCCGCUGCCUCUUCUCCUUUAUUUAUCUCCCUUCCUCGCCCCCACAGCCUCCUGACACAGGGUCCUCCCGGGCGCGCCCCGCAGGCAUUUUAUCCCCUCACCGGCCUCUCACUAAUAUCGCAUGUCCACUAUCCAGAACCUCCAAUCUUUCGACCCCUUUGCUGAUGCAACUAAGGGUGACGACUUACUCCCGGCAGGGACUGAGGAUUACAUUCAUAUAAGAAUCCAACAACGAAACGGCAGAAAGACACUGACUACUGUUCAGGGAAUUGCAGAUGAUUAUGACAAAAAGAAACUUGUGAAAGCUUUCAAAAAGAAAUUUGCUUGUAAUGGUACUGUGAUUGAACAUCCUGAAUACGGUGAGGUUAUCCAGCUUCAAGGUGACCAGAGAAAGAAUAUUUGCCAGUUCCUCUUGGAGGUUGGCAUUGUCAAGGAGGAGCAGCUUAAGGUUCAUGGUUUCUAAAAUGAGCAAAAACACAUGGAGUAUUUCUUGAAUAGCUUUGUUCUCUAAGCCAAAUUGGCUACCUUGUGAAAUGAGUCUCUGCAGUAAACGGACUUUUCAUUUAUUUAAUCAUUCAAAGUUCCAUUCACAUCUGCAUGAUUACAGAAAACAUGUCUGUAGGCUAGUAACACAUAAGAAAAUUGCAGUAAGAUGGUAACUAAGCCCUUUAUUCAUCCUAACACAUUUCCAAUGGAAAAUAUUUUGUUUUGAGUGUUUAUUGUUCAGUUUAUUACUUUUCACUUGAUUUAAAAUGUUUUUGUUGUAUUAAACCAUGUAUGUUGCAGCUUAACAAUAAAAAAGCUUAUUAACACUUUUGUGAGCAGUUAUGCUCCCAAGUUUAAACAAGAUCCCAGUUACAAGCACUUUUUUUUUUAAUAUAUAAACUUUCUCAAAUAAAUGAAUUCCUCCUUCAGCAAGUAGUUCUUUUCAAGAAGACUAGUUAAAUUUUAUUGUGUGACAUUGGAAGUUAAUCAGCUGAGCACUGAAGGAAAAGAAAGCAUUAAAUACCAUCUUGAGCUUAACCCUUCUCCUUAAAAACAUAAUGGCACAUUCCAUGACCAUUCUUCCUUUACUAUAAAAUCCUUGGAACAAGUAAGUGUAGUAUAUAGCUGAACUGUAAAUCAUCAGUGUCGCAAUUUGGUUCUUUGUUAAUUGAAAGCUGUCAUAUUGUGCUGUUGUGAAAAUUAAUAUCAUCUUUGGAUGACUUUGCUUUUAUCUGUUUUACGGCUCAUGCCUUAAAAAAUAAGAAGCCACAAAUCUUCCUUUCCUUCUUCUGAUAGGCUAUUCUAAAGAAUGAGGAAAAGGAGAAAGAGUCAAUUUGAACAAUGAAAUAAAUUAGAAGUAUGUGCAAUUGAGAUGAUGUGAUUGAGGGGGGAGGAGGGUUGUGUCAUGAUUUCUAACACCCAGAAAGGAAGUUCCUCUCUACCUGGUUAUUGUAAUGAAGACAUUAAUAGCCCCUAUGUUUUUGUCAAGUGAAUUAAUAUAGUUGCACUGGGUUGAAGCAGGAUAGCCAAAAGAACUGGACCUAAAAGUUUAAGCUAUUAAAUAAUAAACUCUGAGGACAGGGACCUUGCUUUUGUAUUCUCCAUAGUGGUAUGAACAUACAUAGUAGGUGCCUGGUAAAUAUUCAUCAAAUUAAUAAGUCAAUUUUGGUUUAGUAGAAGGUUCUGUGAAAUGUAUAUUAUAUCACAUUGUGUGCCAGCUGAACCUAUGUCCAUAAUACUUGAUAAAUAUACUUGCCUCCUUUGUGAAUUCAUUAUGUUCACCCAUGAUUUUUAUAAGGGGGGAAGCUUUCUUGUUUUGUUAAUGGAAUAAAAUAUUAGAAGACUUAACUAUACACUGUAUAGUUAAGUUUGGAAUUUGCAAUGUAGUUGAAGAUCUCUGGAAAAUAAUCUGUGGAAUCAACAGUCUGGUAAUGUGCCAUAUAAAUGUGAUGUCCAUUUUAAAUAA